AUGGCUACCACGUCCACUGAGGGCCUGCCCGAGGGAGCCUCGGCCACUGCCACCACCACCCCCGCGGCCGCGGCUCAGCCCACAGAUACCCAAGCGGCCCCCAGCGCUGCGCCGGCAAAGACAGAAGCAAAGCCAGCAGACGAUGAUAACGACGAGGAUUCAGAAUUUGACGAGUUAGACGACGUUCUCGAUGAUUUCUCCAAGCCCAAGCCCGAAGCUGCACCCGCACAGCCUGCACCUGCCCAAUCCCCAGCCCCAGCUCAAGACCCAUCCACCGGCAUCGCACCGCCCGACUUCGACGAAGAUGCUUUCCUCAAGCAGCUCGAGCAGGACAUGGCCAACAUGAUGGGCGGCGGCGCACCAGCCGCACCUACCGCAGACCCCAACGUUCAAUCGACAGUCGACCAAGGCGCCGAGAUGUUCGCGAAACAGCUUGAGGAGAGCGGGGUUCCGCCCGGCGACUUCUUGAAACAACUUUUGGCAGACGUUAUGGCUGAACAAGGUGGUGCUGGAGGGUCUGGAGCUGCGGCGGCGGGUGCAUCGAAUGCGAAGCCCCAGUCAAGUGCCCCUGAGGCAUCGAGUGAGCAACCGGCGGAUUCUUUCAACGAUGCUAUCAAGCGCACUAUGGGUCGAAUGAAGGAGAGUGGUGAUAAAGCUACCGCUGCCGCAAGUAAUGAGGAUGAUUUAUCGGAUGAUAUGAUUGCGCAGCUACUGAAGGCCGUCGAGGCUGGCGCAGAUGGCGCCGGUGAGGAUGGUGACUUGUCGAAGAUGUUUAUGGGGAUGAUGGAGCAGCUUUCGAACAAGGAGAUGCUUUACGAGCCGAUGAAGGAGCUGGAUGUGAAGUUUGGCCCAUGGCUUGAGAAGAACAAGAGCGGUGGAAGUGUACCGAUUGAAGAUAUAGAGCGGUUCCAAAAGCAGGCUGAGAUCGUCAAGCAGAUUGUGACGAAGUUCGAGGAGCGGAGUUACUCGGACGACGAUCCCAAGUGUCGCGAGUACAUUUGGGAGCGCAUGCAGGAGAUGCAAGCAGCCGGUAGUCCCCCCGAGGAACUUGUAUCAAACCCACUCAUGGGAGAUCUGGGAGGCGGCGCCGCCGGAGCAGGCAUGCCUGAUUGCCCGCAGCAGUAA